AUGAGGCCGCCCAAGAGGUCGCCGUUCCUCCACGCGCGUCACACCGAGCUGCUCGAGGUGUAUCGCCAUCUGUAUCCAGACUCGCCGCUACUGCCCUCCAACGCCUCGUCUCGCGCGCACCGACACACGGCGCUCUCGCUCGUCCAGCUGUGGAUCAACCGCUCCGCAUGCCCGUUCGCCGUCGAAACCACCGCGUUGCUCGUGCAGAGCGUCAUUUUGGAUGAACACAUGCAGCAGAUCGCCGCACAGUCGCAUGCGCCGGCCGCGACGUCGUCGCUGCACUAUGCGCUCGAACAGAUGGGCGGCGGUGCCGAGCUGGGUGUCCGGCUCAACUACAGUCUGGCGCUCAUGCGGUUCGUCAACAGCGUGGUCGACUCGCAUCAGACGGGUGGAUUCGCGCAGUCGAUCGCGGCCAUUGCGGCGCGCAUAGGGUUGCCGCAGUGGUUCGUCGAGAUCCGCCAUGCGACCACACACGAGGAGCUGCCCAGCAUCAGCGUCUGCCGCCACGCUGCACGUGCCGCACUCGCCUGGCUGCACACGCACUUUUGGGCGCCGCAGCUCUUCGAUACCCACCACGGACCCCGAGCUGCGCGCGCAGAUGCAAGUGGCUCUCGCCAACUAGCUGAUGUGGAAUUCGGCGUGUCGACAGAACCGACAUCGUCGAGCCAAGAGGAAGAGAAGCGCCGCAGCGAACGCACCAAGGCACUGCGCGAGCUGCGUGUCACGCUCAAAGACUACCGGGAGCUCGCCAAGAAGGUGGCGCGAGAUCGCAGUCUGGCCAACGCAGCCAAGGCGGACAUGCGCCGGCUGUUCAAGCAGCUCGCCAUGUUUGUCUCGCGCAUUCGCACGCUCGAGCCCGAGUUCGGUGCGCAGCUCAUCGAGCGCGCGCGCGCCACCAAGGGCAAGGAUGAAGAGGCGGAUGUGCGGCAGGGCGCGCAGGACCCGGACGACGUGGACGAGUGCACGAAAUCGGCGCUGGCUGAUCUGGUCAACCAGCUGCUGCAGCCAGGCGGCCUCGUGCCUCGCAGCCGAUCCAAGCGCGUGUCGGCCUCGGCGAGUGGCAAGGCCAUGGUGCUGCCGGACGAGGUGGUGGCAGUGUGGGCGCCGUUGCUCGCGUAUAUGCGCGAGACGUACGGCCGUAUCUUUGGACAGAUCCUCGCCGAGGAGCUGGUGGACGUAGCCUUUCGCCGCCCCGCCCUCCCCGAUGACGACGACACGGACGCCGAACAAGAUGCAUCGGCAGACGAUCCGAGCUGGCAGGGCUGGAAGGCGGCUGCGAUGUCGUACGCGAGCUAUGGCAAGACCGCCGAGGCGUGGCUGCGGUACCUCAUCACCACGACUCCUGUUGCCAGUGGCGCUGCGACCUCGAACGCGCAAGCACCGGUGGGGCCGCUGGUGUCCGAUGUCGAAGUGGCCGAGCUGUGUCUGCCGCUGCAGCUGCCCGCUUCGACGGGGCUGCUCGACCUGAUCGCCGAGCGCAACCACGAGCUCGGGGCGCGCAUCGCUCCGCUGAUCGCCGUGCUCCGCGUAUCGGCCUUUGUCACCACCACCGAGCUCGAUGCCAACCCGGGCCAGGGUGACUUUACCUCCGAGCUUGAUGUGAUGCAGACGCGGCUCGAUGGCAUGCAGACGCUGUUUGCCGUCGAUGAGCGGGUGGCCGAUGUCAGCAUGGAUGACACUCGGCAGACCAGCACGAACCACGUCAAUGGUUCAGCUGCCAGUGUUAUGCCGCAGGGCUGGUCGGCAGCUCCGUCCAGCUGGGAACCUACGCCGUUCGGCUGUCUCAACGGACGCAUCCCGAACCUCGUGCUCGAAAUCUAG